AUGACGGUAGCGCGCGGCCGGCAGCACCUGCUGGUGGGUCGCAGCGGCGGCGUGCUGCGCCUGCUGGGCCUAUGGACGCCACCCGCACAGCGUGAUCGUCGUGGCUGCGACGCUUGCGUGCUGCUGCGCUGCUGCCUCAGCUUCAUCCUGAUGGCCUCCAUGCCUGUCGCCUCCUUCUCCAAGCUCUACUGGGACACGCCAGACGACCUGGAGGAGCUUAGCUCUUGCAUCUUCGUCAUCAUGGCUUCAAUCGCUUUGCUGAUUAAGGCGGGCUGCUUCGUGGCGCAGCAGAGCAGCGUCCACCGACUGCUGCGGAUGGUGGCGGCUGUGCGGGCAGCUCACAGCGAGCAGGCAGCGGCUGGGGGUGGCGGGGGCGGAUGUGGGGGCGGAGGCGGGCGUACCGACACCAGAGCGGCCUACCGGAUGCGCGCAGACGCCGUCUUCCUCUACAUGCAGGGCAUGACGGCGGUGGCGCUGUGCGGCUGGGUGUGCGCCCCGGUGGUCUCCGGCGACGCCUCCCCCUCCUCCUCCUCCUCCGCCGAGCUCAACGCGACGCUGCCGCACACCAAGACGCCGCUGCCCACGUGGCUGCCGGCCGGCGCGCAGCGCUCCCCCGGCUACGAGCUGCUCUACCUGUUCGAGGCUCUCUGCCUCACCGUCUCCUCCCAGGUGCUGCUCUGCGUAGACGUCUUCUUCAUCGACCUCAUCCUCCUGGUCGUCGCAGAGCUGCAGGUGCUCAACGACAACGUCGCGGCUGUGUUCGCCGGUGCGACCUGCUCUGAGAGACGCGAAGAAACACCCACCGGGGACUCCGCUCUCCCUGCAGUACGACGGCGCCGCCGCACGUUUUCCGAGACGUUCGCGGUUUUAAAUGUGACGGUCGAUAAUACAACGCAGAGGAUUUCAGAAGAUAUGUAUGACCAGUUAGUUGGCAACAUACGACAUCAUCAGAUGAUCAUACAGUAA